AUGGAUUGGGGUAUCCGUUACUGGGCCUCACUCGGCAUCCCAGGCCACGGUAUAAACGAUGGCCAGUCUCACACGCCACUCGACAUAUCUAUCCAGAGGAGUCUAGGCGCUGACUGGGUUCUCGAGGGUUCGCGCAUCGCCAAGUCGGGCGUCGUUCAGAUUUGUCUUGUUGCCGUUGUCCUUGUAUGGACAGCAUUAGAAACCACCCGCCGCUACAGUUCCUUCGUCAACAUCCCAGAAACCACAAAGGCUGUCCGAUUCAGUCUGCCUCAUGAGAUUCUCUCCCAAGCCUCUCGUGGGGCUGCCUUUGCCUUCACCCUCGUCAACGGCUACCACUACCAUCAAUAUCGGUACGACUCUCUUCCUGUCGGCCUCGCUUUUCUUUUAGGCCUUGCUCGCUUGCUAGCUCCGCCAAAGUGGCAACGCGUGAUCUUGCAUCAGAUCAACUUCCUCCUCUUCACUUGCCUUGUUACCUUGGCCACAGCCUAUUUCCUCCCCUCUCUCAAGAUGAACUCGGACGAGGCCGUUGAAAGGACGGCGGCCGGUGCUGUCGAAAGUCUAGCAGUCGCAUCGCUCAUUGCUCUCGUCACUCCGAGAGAAUGGGGACCUCCGCCUGCCAUCGAAAACAUGGCCGUAUACAAACACAUCUCCGAGGCAGAGCCUACUGGUGAAGAAACAAACAGUUGGUUUGGCCUCUACUUCAGCUUUGGCUGGCUGACCCCACUGAUCUGGAAAGGCUGGCACACCCAAAUCGAUAUAGACGACCUUCCAGGACUUCCUUGGUAUGAUGAGCCCUCGCUUCUACUUGACAGGAUCCUCAAGGUCCGCGAGCGAUACAAAACGACCAUGUGGACUGUCUUCUACUUCCAGCGCAGCGAAAUUGUUGCCAUGUGUUUAUGGAUCGGUGUCGCCUUCGCCCUCGAACUUGUCGCCCCUUAUGCCAUGUACCAGAUUCUAAACUAUAUAUCGGCCCCCGAGGAUGCUGUGCUACAUCCCGUUAUUUGGCUUGCACUGCUCUUCAUUGGUCCUAUGGCAAGGUCAAUUGCCAUGCAGCAGUACAUUUUUACGGGAACCAGAUUCGUCGUCCGCCUCAAGUCCGCCAUGACCCAAGAGCUCUACCACAGGGCCUUGUCGAGUAUGGAACUCGAAGAUGACGUUAUGAAUGAUAUCGCCACAAGGGGUGCCAAAGAGCAAAGAGCGCAAACCACGUCGCAAGGAAGAUUGGCCAAUCUGAUGGCAAGUGACAUCGAUGCCGUGUUCAGGGCUCGAGAUGCCAUUAUUGGCCUUGUCGGCGUCCCCGUAGGCAUUGUUAUCAGCAUCAUCGGUCUUUACAGGAUUGUCGGAUGGACAAGUUUGGUCGGUCUUGCCUUCUUGGUGCUCUCCUUGCCGCUCCCAGCCUGGGUCUCUCGCUUGAUGACCAAGACGCAACGCAAGGCUAAGUUGGCGCAAGACUCACGUAUAUCACUGAUUUCCGAGUACCUCGAAGCCAUCAAAGCCAUCAAGUACUUCGCUUGGGAAUAUGCUAUCAUUGAGCGCAUUCAAGAAGCGCGAGAGAACGAGCAAAAAGAACUUUGGCACAUUUGCCUCUGGUACGCUCUUGUCGCACAGUUGGGCGAACUUAUCCCCGUUAUUGCCCUACUGCUUAUCUUCAGCCUUUACAUCGGGGUGAUCAAGCAGCCCCUCACUGCCCCUAUUGCCUUCACCACUUUGUCCGUGGUGAUGACCCUGAGGCAGAACAUGGGUUAUGUUUCCAUGAUGUCACGGAACCUUACUAACGCACAUGUCUCCGUUGAGCGUCUGGACAAGUUUUAUUCAAAUACAGCACCACUGACCCAAUAUCCAGAAGGUCCGCUGCGCAUACAGAAAGCCACUUUCCGGCGGAGCAAGAGGGCACCCUUUUUCCUCAAAGCCAUUUCGAUCGACUUCGUAGAGGGAGGCUUUAACAUAAUCAGUGGUCAGAGCGGGAGUGGAAAAACCAGUCUUCUCCUGUCUAUCCUGGGAGAGACCACCCUUGAAGAGGGGACGGUGACCAGGCCCAGUGACAUCGCUUUUGCCUCCCAGACACCGUGGCUUCAGAGCGAGACAGUACGCGACAACAUCCUAUUCCACUCUCCUUUUGAACAGGUCAGGUAUGACAGGGUUAUAGAGGCAUGCUGCUUGGGCUUGGACUUUGAAGAGCUUCCCAAAGGAGACUUGACAGAGGUAGGAGAGAACGGGACCUCGCUUUCUGGUGGCCAAAAGUCAAGAGUGGCAGUUGCCCGAGCUCUCUAUUCCAAGGCCCCUUUACUGCUGCUGGACGACAUCUUCUCUGCCCUCGACGCCAAGACGUCUGCGUCUCUAUGGAAGCAUUCCUUCUGCAGUGAUAUGCUCAAGGGAAGGACCGUCAUUCUGGUAACUCAAAUGCCUUGGGUAGCUUCCCAAGCCGAUCUCGCAAUCACAAUGGAAGCCGGAAUGGUCAAGAAUAUUGAUAGGAACAUUGGUGCUGUGCGCACACCAGUGGAACUGGAAUACGGAACUAUCAACGACGAGGAGUCCCAAGAGAGUACGGCCACCUUAAAGGUCCCACUUGCUGCAGGCGAAAACCGGGCGGGCUCUCCCAAGAUCAAAGACGAAAUAUCCAAUGAGAUGAGUGCCAGCGGAACAUCAGGACGCUUUACUUUCCUCAGGUACAUGCUUCGCUUUGGUGGGCCUGGGUACGUUAUUCUAGCUCUUGCCAGUAUGGUUAUUUCCGCUGUUGCCCUUCUUGCAACAACCUGGUGGCUCUCAGUUUGGGUCAAUGCAUACAACAAGAAAGAGGCUGUUAAUGUUGCGUUUUAUAUCACCAUCUACGCCGCCUUCAACUUUGGCCAGAUCCUUCUGAGGGGGGUGGGCCCUUUGAUAUUCAACCGAGGUGCAUGGCUGGCCGCACGCAAGUUACACAGGGGGCUCAUAGAAGGAGUGCUGAAUGUCUCAUUGGGUUGGUGGAAGAACAUACCAGUGGGACGGGUUGUCAAUCGGUUCAGCCGAGAUGUCGGGUCAUUGGAUAGUCAAUUAAGCUCCGUCGUUGAAUAUUUCAUUGAAGAGGGCAUUGGCAUCUUCUUCAAGGUCGGCGCUGUCAGUUCCAUCAUGCCUAUCUUCAUGCUGCCUGCUCUUCUCAUGGUCGGGAUAGGUAUCGGCUGUGGCGAGAUGUAUAUCCGAACUGCCGUCGUUCUGAAGAGGCUGGUCUCGUCCAGCCAGAGCCCCGUGUUCUCCCAGUUCAGUGGCAGUAUGGCUGGAUUAGCGGUUAUCCGUGCCAGACAAAACAUGCCUGGCACAUUCCGUGAUCAGUUGGCGGAACGUCUAAGGUCUUUUUCGCGGUCCCAGGAAACAUCGUUCAACCUGAACCGGUGGGUCGGUGUUCGGAUCGACUUUGUCGCUGCGCUGAUCACUGUCUCUGCUGGUGCGAUUGCCGUGUGGAAGGUUGGUGUUGUGGAGGCUGGGCUGGUGGGCUUUUCGCUGAGCAAUGCGACGGUCUUGAGUUCGCAGAUUCUGUAUUUUGUGAGGUAUAUGAAUGACGUGGAGGUGGAACUGCAGAGUUUCCAUCGCGUCGAGGAGUACGUCAAGCUUCCUACCGAAGACGAAAAGAACGGCUUGCGUCGACCCGACACCGAUAACGAAAGACAUGAAGACUCUUCAUUGGUUGAAGUUCCUGAGGAUUGGCCAGGGACAGGCACGAUCGAGAUCCGCAACGUAACAGUCAGAUACGACCCUGACGGUCCGGACAUCCUCAAGAAUAUCAAUCUCAAAUUCAACGCUGGUCAACGUGUUGCCGUUGUUGGACGUACAGGCUCAGGCAAGAGCACACUCGUUCUUUCCCUCCUCCGCUUUACCCACAUCGUCUCCGGGCAAAUCCUCUAUGACGGCGUCGACAUUACAACAAUCUCACGCAAGAGACUACGGCAGGCGCUAACCAUCAUUCCCCAAGAAGCUACGCUUUUCAAUGGCACCGUUGGAACAAACCUUGACCCAUCUGGCACCGUGCCGGUUCAGACACUGGAGAAUGCCCUUAGGUCCUGCACCGGCAUUGCAUCCUUUGAUUUCCGCAGCAGCAGUAGUGAUAACAGCACCAACGAUGAGGCUGAGACGAUUGACGGCGGCAACGACAUGGUACCCACCGAACGAACUCCUCUUCUCUCCUCUUCCUCCUCAUCCAUAGCCAACGGCCCCGGCUCGAACCCCACCCCCGGUUCCCUUUCCCUCGACACCCGCGUCCAAGCCAAGGGCGAGAACUUUUCCCACGGUCAACGCCAAGUGCUUUCCCUAUGCCGGGCUCUAGUCCGCAAGUCCAAGCUGAUGCUCUUGGACGAGGCGACGGCGAGCAUGGAUUACGAGACGGACAGAGGUAUUCAAGUGGCGUUGAGACAGGAACUCGAUGCCGGGGAUGAGAAAACAAGGACGCUGGUGACGAUUGCGCAUCGGUUGAGAACUAUUAUUGAUUAUGAUUUGGUUGUGGUCAUGGGAGGUGGGAGGGUGGUGGAGGUUGGUUCGCCGGGUGAGUUGUAUAAGGCAAAGGGGAUGUUAUGGGAGAUGGCUAGGUUUAGUGGGGAGCGUGAGGAUUUGGAGGGGGUGUUGGAGCGAAUGGGGGUGUGA